CCGAGCGGCGGUAGCGCUGCGGAUCUUCCAUGGCCACCUCAGCGGGCGCUGCCCCACCACGGCCGUUCAACGGCCAUUGAACAGCGCCCCUCCCUCCCGUUGACGCCAUGCCACCGCGCCGGAAGGGCCCCGCUCCCUCCUGGGCUAUUUCCCCUUCCGCCGCCCGCCCUCCUUCCCUUUCCGCCGCGGCACACGCGAGGUGUUACCGCUUGGUGCCUGUGCCGCCGCCGCCGCGACCCCAGCGACAUGCAGAACGACGCCGGCGAGUUUGUGGACCUCUACGUCCCUCGGAAGUGCUCUGCUAGCAACCGAAUAAUCGGCGCUAAGGAUCAUGCUUCUAUUCAGAUAAAUAUUUCUGAGGUUGACAAGGUAACGGGCAGAGUAAACGGCCAGUUCAAAACAUAUGCCAUCUGUGGACCAAUUCGUCGAAUGGGUGAAUCAGAUGAUUCCAUCCUGCGUCUGGCAAAAAAUGACGGAAUUGUUUCCAAGAACUUCUGACUGAGGAAACUCUGGUAUGGAACAUCUGAUGUAAAAUAAACACUUCAGACCUA